GGAGGUCAGGUGACGCGGGGCUCGCGCUGAGUGACGGGUGGCGGGACCGGGAUCGGGGCUAGGAGCGGCAUCGGCGGCCUGGCGGGGCCGGAGGAGGCGGAGGAGGAGGAAGGGUCUCGGCCGCGGCCCCGGCGAGGCGCCAUGGCGACCACCGUCACCACCCAGCGGGGCCCGGUAUUUGUUGGUGAACUUCCUCAAGAUUUUCUUCGCAUUACCCCAACCCAGCAGCAACAGCAAAUCCAGCUGGAUGCUCAGGCAGCUCAGCAGCUACAGUAUGGAGGAGCAAUGGGCACAGUAGGAAGACUCAGUAUUACUGUAGUACAGGCCAAACUGGCAAAGAAUUACGGAAUGACGCGCAUGGAUCCGUAUUGUCGAAUCCGGCUGGGAUACGCUGUGUACGAGACUCCAACAGCACACAAUGGAGCCAAGAACCCCCGCUGGAACAAAGUUAUUCAGUGCACUGUUCCCCCGGGGGUGGACUCCUUUUAUCUAGAGAUAUUUGAUGAGAGAGCCUUUUCAAUGGAUGACCGCAUUGCUUGGACACACAUUACAAUUCCUGAGUCUCUGAAACAAGGAAAUGUGGAGGAUGAAUGGUAUAGCUUGAGUGGAAGGCAAGGUGAUGACAAGGAAGGAAUGAUUAAUCUGGUUAUGUCAUACACGUCUUUGCCAGCUGCCAUGAUGAUGCAGCCCCAACCAGUGGUCCUGAUGCCCACUGUAUAUCAGCAAGGAGUUGGAUAUGUGCCUAUAGCAGGGAUGCCUGCAGUCUGUAAUCCAGGCAUGGUACCAGUGGCAAUACCACCUCCUGCGGUCAACCCUCAGCACCUGUGUAAUGAAGAGGACCUGAAAUCUAUCCAGGACAUGUUUCCCAACAUGGACAGGGAAGUAAUCCGCUCAGUGCUAGAAGCUCAGAGGGGGAACAAGGAUGCAGCUAUCAACUCCUUACUUCAGAUGGCUGAAGAGUCAUAGAUGCCCAUUUCCUGCGUAGUCCCCGUCCUCGAUGCCACUUACUUUUACUUGCCAAGCCAGGGAUUUAGCUAGAGGAAGAAUCUCCCAACAGCUUUCUUUUAGUGCAUUGUGUGUGACAGAUUAUACCCCUUUUCUCCUUGGACAGUUGGAUCUUUUUCUCUUUCUUUCUCAGUCUGUACAUACUCAGUUUAGCUUAUGUCCUACAAUAGAGCAGUGAAGCAUCUUUACUAUCAUCUGUGCCCUGUGUGGCUAUAUUCUGAUGGGAUGGGGAAUAAUGCUGCUUUGUUUCUUUCUCUCCCCCUUUUCAUAAACUUACAAAGUAACUCUAUGCAGUACAAGAUUUACUAGUGUUUGUUAGAUUGGAAAAAAAAAGUCUUUCUAUGGAAGGUUUGCUGUUUAAACACAACUGAUUCGUUAAAAGUAUUUAGCUUUCAGCAAGCAGCAUAUUUUUGCCAGAAUUUAAAGGAGAGACCCUUUCGAAUUCUGUGGUGUUUAGUUAUUACUGUGAUAUAUUCACACAUUUUAGAUGGAGUAUUUUUAUUUAAUAAGCUAAAUUUCUAGGUUGUGCUCUUGGUAUUUGUAAUGGGCAUCUUCUAUUCAGUCUAGUCAUUGGACACCAAAGCAAUAUAUUUUCUGGUGUGCAUUUUGGGCUUUGUCCUCCCACACAGUAUUGUUAUGUAUCUGUAAAAUCUUUGGAGCUAAUUUUUAACUCAUACAGUAUGUAUUGCUGUAGCAGAGAACAGGACUAAGCCCUAGUGUACUCCCACAGGUAAUUGCACUCUAACUACUACUUCUGCAUUCCCGUGGCUAUUUCAAAGGAUAAGUGCAGAAGGAAAGAUACUUACACCUGGAAGAUGAUUGAAGCCGUAUAGAAUUAUUUAAGAUGUUGUAUUACAUUAAAAAAGCAGGUAUCUAUGAUCUGGUUAUAAGGCUUCUUUCUUUAUUCCUAUGUUUCAGCAAAGUUAUUGCUUUACAUUAGUGGGAAAAUGAUUGUAUUUUUCCUGUAAUUAGAAAUUAGCACGAAAAGUAGCUUCAGGGUCUUAGAAUGGCAUUAUGAAUUGCUCAGUGACUUGUUAGACCAGCUGACUGCUGUAGUCAGUUUAUUAUUAUUUGAUACAGAUGGAAAUAAAAUUCUUUGUGAGAAACAA